GACUGAUACCUGGGAUAUGGUAAUUAACUAUUUAGUUGUGUCGAAGUUGGAUGCUGAAACAAUAAAAUUGUGGGAACAACAAAUUAGUAUAACCUGUAAUAACGACAUACCCUGUUGGUCGGAAUUGCAAGCAUUUCUAGAAGCGAGGUUCAGAGCUUUAGAUAUGAUAGAGAGUACUAAAAUUAAAACAGUGCAACCCAAAUCAGUAGCGAAACCUAAGUUUUUCCAUUCAAAUGUUACCAGCAGCAGCGGCGGAAAAGGGCCCGAAGCAAAAUGUGCCUUGUGUGAUGGUGAACAUUACAUCUAUUCUUGUAAGAAAUUUGGAGAAAAAGCACUAAAAGAACGGCAAGAAUUUGUGCAGACGAAGAAACUAUGCUUCAAUUGCUUGGCGCCUUCACACUCCGUGAGCAAGUGUCGACAGUCGUCGUAUUGCAGAAAAUGUGGACGGCGUCAUCAUACUCUUCUGCACUUCGAGAGAGGACAGUACAUCGAGAAACCAAAGCAAGGUGAAACUUCAAGUUCAGGUAUAGCGAACGACAAAUCUACAGGUACGUCUAAUUAUGUAUCUAAUAAUGAGCAAAUUGUAACCAACUUUUCUAGUGAACAUAUACAAUCAAACAGUGUCCUAUUAGCUACUGCUAAUGUUUUAGUAAAUAGUAGGAAUGGUUGCAAAUACGUUGUGAGAGCUUUGUUAGACCAAGGGUCACAAGCUUCGUUUGUUACAGAGGCAACAGUACAAUUGUUGAAUCUUAAUCGUAAAUCAGUGAGUGGUUGGGUGUCAGGUGUGGGAGAGAGACAAACAAAAAUCAAACAUAAAGUUAUACUGUGCGUUAAAUCAUGUCACAAUCCCAAUGCGUCGGUAAGUGUGGAGGCAUAUGUAUUGCGUUCACUAACAACAAUACUACCCACCACUAAUCUAGCUGACCCAGGAUUUGCAACACCAGGGAGAAUAGACAUUCUCCUUGGAGCCGAGGUGUACAGCGACGUCUUGAUAGACGGCGUUAUCAAACAUCCUUUAAGUAAUCUUUUAGCACAAAACACAAUGCUAGGUUGGGUUUUAUCAGGAAGGAUGUCACGAGAUUGCAAUUCAGCACUGAAGAAUUUUUUGAGUUUGCAUGUUCAGCUGAAAGAAGAUGAAAUGCUUAAGUUAUUUUGGGAGCUAGAGAACGAGCCAAAUAUCAUACAGAAAAGAUUGUCAAAGGAAGAAGAAAGAUGUGAAGAGUAUUACGAAGCUACAACGACCAGAGACAAGGAAGGAAGAUAUGUGGUAAGAUUACCAUUCAAAGACCAUUACCCAGAAGGUCAACCUAAUGGAUUGAAGGAAAUAGCUGCAAAAAGGUUUGAGUUACUAAAGAAGAAAUUCGCUAAAAAUAGUAAAUAUCAUGAAGAAUACAGCAAGGUUUUGGAAGAAUACAUUGAUUUAAAUCACAUGAUUAAAGUGGAGCCUAAGGAUAUCAAUAAUUCUAAAGCAGUGUAUUUACCUCACCAUGGCGUUAUAAGAGAAGAUAAGGAUACAACAAAACUUCGAGUAGUCUUUGAUGCUUCGUGUUAUGGUACUAACCAUGUUUCUUUGAACGACAAUAUGCUUGUGGGUCCUAAGCUGCAGCAAGAUUUACGUCACAUACUGAUGAGAUGGAGGACACAUAGAAUCUGUAUGACGGCAGAUAUUAUAAAAAUGUAUAGAAUGGUGCGAGUAGCAGAAGAAGAUACAGAUUAUCAAAGGUUACUAUGGAGACCAACGACGAGUGAGCAAGUUAAACAAUAUAAACUAGUGAGAUUGACUUUUGGUACCGCAUGCGCAUCGUAUCUUGCUGUGAAAACAUUACAGAGAUUAGCAGAUGAUGAGAAAACAAAAUUUCCAGCUGCAAGUAAAAUAACAAAAACUGAUUUUUAUAUGGACGAUUUAUUGACAGGAAGCGAGACGGAAGAUGAAGCUAUUAGUAUUUACAAAGACAUGAACAAACUACUGAACUUGGGAGGCUUCGAGUUACAAAAGUGGAGCAGUAAUAAUGAAAACGUACUCAAAUAUAUGGGUAUAAAUAAAAGAGAUGAUCAUGAGCUGCCCCUUAAAGUGAAUAGUUUAGUUAAAGUCCUAGGAGUUAAUUGGAAUCGAGAGACAGACAAUUUUGUGUAUUCCCUCAACUUACCAGAAACAAAGGAGCCGAUUACUAAACGACGUGUUCUUUCUGAUGUUGCUAAAUUAUAUGAUCCUCUGGGCUGGAUAGCUCCUGUUGUUGUCAUAGCAAAAUUUAUGAUACAGAAGUUAUGGAAAAUGGGACUAGGAUGGGACGACACCAUAAGCGAAGAGCUGACGUCAGAAUGGCUCCAGUUCAGAGAUAAUCUAGCUCACAUUAAAAGUGUUUUCAUACCGAGGUGGUUACAAUGUUUCAACACAUCUACAAUCGAGCUGCACGUCUUCGCAGAUGCUUCGCAGGCAGAAUACGCUGCAGCAGUUUAUAUUAGAAUAGUCGAGGAAGGCAGAGGAGCUAAAUCCUACAAAGGUUAUAUUUGUCUGUUCAUUUGUAUAGUAACCCGCGCUAUACACCUGGAGGCAGUCACAGAUCUGACCAGUAAAGGGUUUAUAGCUGCUUUCAGACGUUUCACAGCCAGACGAGGUCACUGUCAAGAUCUCUACAGUGAUAACGGCACUAAUUUUGUAGGAGCAGACAAACAGCUUAAAGAGAUGUUUGAUAAGGCCAAGUCGUCUUUUCCUAGUGAGAUAGCAAAGUUGUUAACUUUAGAGCGGACUACAUGGCACUUUAUUCCUCCACAUGCGCCUAAUUUUGGGGGUUUGUGGGAGGCUGGGAUAGGAAGUACUAAGACACAUAUCACAAAGGUAAUGGGUAACAGUACACUCACUUACGAGGAACUUUCUACGGUGUUAGCACAGAUUGAAUGUUGUUUAAACUCACGACCUAUUUCGGUUUUAAGUGAUAACCCCAACGACCCUCUCCCUCUGACACCCGGGCACUUCCUGAUUGGCGAAUCUUUAUGAAAUCUAUCGGAUGAAAGUUAUACACCUUGUGAAAAUAUCGCUAAUCUUGAACGUUGGAGAUUAGUACAAAAAAUGGUCAACGAUUUUUGGAAAAGAUGGUAUAAAGAAUACUUAGUUCAUCUUAAUAAAAUAUACAAAUGGAAUACAAAGCAACUUGAGCCAGAAAUCGAUGACAUAGUUGUUUUAAAAGAUGAUAAUAUCCCACCUUGUAAAUGGAUAUUAGGAAGAGUAAUUCAUAAACAUGUUGGUCCAGAUAUUCUUUCUCGAGUUGUAUCUAUUAAAUGUAAGAAUAGUGUUGUAAAACGGCCUGUGAGUAAGAUAUGUUUCUUAACUAAAUAAGCUUAGAGUUAGUGAUCAUUAUUCUGUAAAAUUAACAUAGUAUGUAGGUACUUAACUAUUGAGAUUAAUAACGAACUUAUA